CAGGGCGCUAAAACACAUUUUCCAAUCGAAACUCGUCCGGAUCGCGGCCUGGCGAAUCGAUACCAGCCUCUAAAUGGGUCAACACGUCUCCCGAACGGAUUUCGAGUGGGUUUACAAUGACCAGCCGCACACGAGCCGCCGCAGUAUCAUGCUGCAAAAGUAUCCUCAAAUUAAGAAGCUGUUCGGACCGGACCCACAGUUCAAGUACAUCGUAUCGGCUAUGGUACUAACGCAAAUCGUCAUGCUCUACGUGAUGCAGCAUCAGUCGUGGAAAAUGAUUACCAUUGUCGCUUACUGCUUCGGCGGUGUUAUCAAUCACUCUUUGAUGUUAGCCAAUCACGAAAUUUCUCACAACAUGGCGUUCGGAUACGGAAGACCGUUGGCAAACCGAUUGUUCGGUAUGUGGUGCAACCUUCCAAUCGGAAUACCGAUGUCAGUUUCUUUCAAGAAAUAUCACACCUUGCACCAUAGAUAUUUGGCAGAUGAAAGGCUGGAUCCGGACGUGCCGAGCAUUCUUGAAGCGAAGCUGUUCUGCAAUACUUUUGGAAAGUUUAUCUGGCUGAUUCUUCAACCUUUGUUCUACGCUAUAAGGCCACUAUUCGUCAACCCACUCCCAGUUGAAAAACUGGAGAUGCUAAACACUGCCAUACAACUGACAUUUGAUGGCCUGGUGGUGGCAAUUUUCGGGUGGAGAAUGCUGGCCUACCUAUUGAUUGGGUCAUUUCUAGCUAUGGGUCUACAUCCUGUGGCCGGUCAUUUCAUCGCCGAGCAUUAUAUGUAUGCCAAAGGGUUCGAAACGUACUCCUACUAUGGCCCAUUGAACUGGAUUACGUUCAACGUCGGGUAUCACAACGAGCAUCAUGACUUCCCGGCCAUUCCUGGGAGCAAGUUGCCCGAGUUGAAGAAAAUUGCUCCGGAAUUCUACGAAAGCAUGCCGCAACAUACGUCCUGGGUGCGUGUCAUGUACGAUUUUGUGAUGGAUCCCGCCAUCGGACCUUACGCCCGAAUCAAACGCAGGGCAUUCGAGAGAGCGGGAUGAUUAGACAUAUCAGUGUGACUGGAUGCCAUGGAACAAUAAUCAAUUAAAUUGGAUUAAGUGAUGUUUUUUAGAAUAUUUGUACAUUAUUAUUUAUAUUAAUAAAAUAUUUAUUAAAUCAACAAAGUA